AUGCAAAGUGCUGAAUGGUCUGAUGAUUAACAUUGUGCAGACUACACAGCUAGCACACCAUGACCAGAACGACAGUGCAAAAUUGCUGGUUCUGCAAUUUAAUGGGUUAACGGCCCGGACACAACAUGCAUGUCUAAUCAUUGAAGAACCCAGAGCGCAUGGCAUCUCGAUCAUAUAUUCCCUGCGCUCGCUGCCACUCUUCUUCGUUAACCUCCCACUAUCCACUCACGUUUCAAGCAUCGAGUGAGAAACAGCAUCGUCGACGUCCAUCGACCUCUUCGUGCAUGAGAAACGGCAUGGCCGCUCCUAGGUUCAGGCCGAUCGAGGAGUGCGCCACGGAAGGGCGGUCGCGGCAGACGGUCGCCGCCGACCUCGACGGCACGCUGCUCCUGUCCCGGAGCGCGUUCCCCUACUACCUCCUCAUCGCGCUCGAGGCCGGCGGCCUCCUGCGCGCGCUCGCCCUCCUCGCGUCCGUGCCGCUGGUGUACCUCACCUACAUCUCCGUGUCCGAGCCGCUGGCGGUGCGCACGUUCGUGUACAUCGCCGUGGCUGGCCUGAGGGUUAGCGACGUCGAGGCGGUGGCGCGGUCGGUGCUCCCCAGGUUCUACGCCGGCGACGUGCACCCGGAGGGGUGGCGGGUGUUCCGCUCGUUCGGCAGGAGGUGCAUCGUCACGGCGAGCCCCCGGGUGAUGGUGGAGCCGUUCGCCAGGGCGUUCCUCGGCGCCGACAGGGUCAUCGGGACGGAGCUGGAGGUGGACGGGUCCGGGCGGGCGACGGGGUUCGUCGCGCAGCCCGGCGUGCUCGUCGGCGAGCACAAGAGGCAGGCGGUGACGAGGGAGUUCGGCGACGCGCUGCCGGACGUCGGCAUGGGGGACAGGGAGAGUGACUUCGACUUCAUGUCCAUCUGCAAGGAAGGGUACAUCGUGACUCGGAGUAAGUACAGCCCGGUGCCAAAGAACCAGCUGGAGGGCCCCGUCAUCCUCCACGACGGCCGCCUCGUCCAGCGCCCGACCGACAUCAACGCCCUGCUCACCUUCCUGUGGUUGCCGAUCGGCUUCGCCCUGGCGCUCCUCCGCGUGCACGUCAAGCCGCUCCUCCCCGACCGCGUCGCCUUCUACGCCUACAAGCUCAUGGGCGUCAAGCUCGCCGUGCGCGGCAACCCGCCGCCGCCGGCCACGAAGGGCCGGCCGGGCGUCCUCUUCGUGUGCAACCACCGCACCGCUCUCGACCCGACCAUGGUCUCCGUCGCGCUGGGCCGCACGGUGACACGCGUCACGCACAACAGCGCCUCCGGCGUCCUGACGGACCACACCUCGCCGGUCAAGACCGUCGUGCUGUCCGGGGACCGCGACGGCGACGCGGCCCGCAUCGGGCGGCUGCUCGAGGAGGGCGACCUCGUCGUGUUCCCCGAGGCCACGGCGUGCCGCGAGCCGUUACUGCUGCGGUUCGGCGCGCUCUUCGCGGAGCUCACGGACCGCAUCGUGCCCGUGGCCAUCGCCACCAAGGAGAGCAUGUUCCACGGCUCGACGGUCCGCGGGCUGAAGGCCAUGGACCCCUACUUCUUCUUCAUCAACCCGCGCCCGACGUACGUGAUCACGUUCCUCGACCAGCUGCCAAGGGAGCUCACCUGCGGCGGUGGCAAGUCGCCGGUCGAGGUGGCGAACUACGUCCAGAAGUUACUGGCCCGGGUGCUCGGGUUCGAGUGCACGAGCAUCACGCGCGAGGAGAAGUACGGGGAUCGUCGGAGCCGCGUGGCGUCCAACGACGACGGACCUGGAGAAGCCAACAGCAAGGGCAAAGAAGUUUGCAUGAGGGAGGCCGGAGGGAAGGAAGGAGCUCGCCGGAGGGCUGCCCCAUCAUCUAUCUUAGGGUGGGGGUUGGAGGCGGCAGCACGAUGGUGGUCGGGAGCGGUAGCACGGGGCGGUGCAAGUUCGCCGGCGAAAAUCUCCGUCGGUGCCGGGGCUAGGGGGAGGGGGCGGCGACACGGUGGUGGGCCGCGGUUGGGGAAGGGCGGUGCGGCGAGGCUAUGCGUGAGCGCCAUCGUUUGCGGGUGGCGGGAGCAGGUGGUUAGGCCGGCGACGGCGGGGUGGUGGAGAAGAAGGAAGCAGGAUGUUGAAGAAGGAAGUUGGUCCAUUCAUUUUCGCAUCCAAUGGUUGGUAAAAUCGACUGACCCAAAAGAAAAUUCAGGCGGUUGUCGAAGGGAGGGGGGCAUUUCAGCCCACGCUUUUCUCCACCCAUCGCCGCUUACGAUUCCGGCCAUACCAGCCGUCGGGGUCACGAUGGUGGGCCACCACACACCCGAGAUUGUCCUUCACCACUUCCUCCUUCCUCGGCCGGCGGGAAAGUUGCAGAUCGGCGGCUGUUUGUCGUGGCCGCCAGAUUUGGCGUUUCCGGCCACCGACGGCUGCGCCAAACCAUGGAUUGGUCGGGGAGCACCCCGCACAACCCCGACAAAGCCCUAACGAUGUAUGCGGGUACUGGCUCGUCCUCUAGCCGUCGUCGUCGGUUUGCCGGCUAGGACUCGGCCGGCGCUCGCGCAGCGGCUCGCCGGCUCGCCGAUGCCGCUCAUACAAUGUGACUACUGCAUACAGAUAGUGCUGCGCCUAACGUCUAGCACGCCGCAACACCCCAGAUAGGUAUUCUUCAAAUGCGAAAACGACGGAGUAUGUUCUUAUUUUCAUUCAGCUUUGUCAACCUAUUCGGUUCAAUUUCGAUAGCUUAUUGAGAUGGUCAUAUGGGUAGGAAGGUGGACGCUCAUUUUGGUAUUGGGAAAAAGAAUACAUCAAUUUAUUGAUAGAAAUAAACUUAAUAUAUGUUCGUGCGCUCGGUUGUAGAAUUGAGGCAAAUAA